GCAUAUUGAUUCUUAUCAGCCUAUAGCGGAGAAGGUUCUUAUCAGUGAUGUGUGGCCAAUGUGUGAGGAUCCUACGGCAAACUAUUAAUUUGAAAUGGAUACAAUUAGGCGGUGAUAAUGUGUCACGAAGCUUUGAAGUAACGUUGCAGCGUUGAACUUGGUCUGAAUAUGUACAAAUAUUAUCCUUUCACUUUUCACACACUCUCCACUUCGGACUGGGCAGUUAAGUAAAAAGCCUAACUGGCUCAAUCAGCUUUGAAUACUAUUCUCACAAUUGUCAAAAUGGAGGCUAUUUCAUUGAAGGAAUCUCAAAUUCUUGAGGGAGAGUCCAAAAACGACACCAAGGACUCGGACCAAUGUGAAGAAUGUGGGAAAGAGCUGAGGUCUGAUCAAGAUACCAAUAGCCAUUUGAUAGUCAAGAAUUCACGUAAUCAUGAUCUCCUGUGUGAUCUGUGCCUUAAGGAAUUUCAUUCAGUUAGAAGUUUGCAGGAGCAUAAUAAAUUAACUCACGAUGCCAUUGGUUGUUUUCUAUGCCUAAAAUGCCCGGCUAGAUUUAUGACCAAACUUGCUCUUAGCAGACAUAUGGCUCAGCAUGAUGAUUCACAGAAGUCAGUAUGUAAGAUCUGCAGAAAAUCUUUCAAAAGAGCGGAUUAUUUAGUUUAUCAUUACAAUAUGCACAAGAAUAAAAGGACGUAUGCUUGUUCUGUGUGUUCAAAAAAGUUUGUUACCAGUUCUCAUUUAAAAGUUCAUGAAAAAACACAUGCAUCAGAGCGGAAGUUUAAAUGCAGCGUAUGCAGUAAACUAUUCUGCCGCCUAGAUAAGCUCAAGGAACACAUGCUAAGACAUUUGAACAUCAAACGGUUUAGAUGCUAUUACUGUGACAAAGAAUAUGCAGAAAAACGUGAUCUCAGGACACACUUGCAGAGGAGUCAUCAGUGAUACAAAAUUUCACCAUACUUCGUCUGACAGUGUAGACUACUUGAGGCAAUACAUUCCAGUGAGACAUUUUCUCAUGGAGAGAAAAUGGCUUUAAAUUCAGCAAUGCAACUCAUUAUUGAAAAUAUCUUUACAUUGGCCUUAGCACUUAAAAAUUAAUCAAACCUUCUGAAAUUGCACUUGCAAAAACGUUAAUUUCUAAAAUAAAAAUAUGUAAAAUUGA